AUGGCGUCCAAUCGACUCGACAAAGCAGCCAUGUUGUUUCAAGAGGAAUUUGAGAAGAGGUUCGAUAGUGAGUUCGAGAGGUGGAAGAAGUACAUCCUGCCAUUCUCCUAUGACGUCAUCUUACAUGAACCUGUCAAAUGGUCAUCUCUCACCGUUCAUUGGUCCCCAACACCCUCCUCCGCCGCCUCAUCUCAGGCAAAGCUCCUUUACGGCAACUUUAUUCCGGCCCCAGGCGACGCCCUUCUCACUUUCGCCGACGUUGACCUUAUCACUGAGCGAGUUAAGAAAUCCCAGAAGUUAUUUGUGGAGGGUAUUGGUCGUAAAAGAGAUAUGGUAGGCAGAGCACGUUUCAUGCCGCAGCAAGAAAAGAUUAUCGGAGUGAAGAUGAGAAGAAUGAAUCUGGAUGAUGUUGAUGAGGUGUUGGUGUUUGAUUCUACCAAAUUUACUUUGCAAGAUGAUCAGAAUUAUAAGGUUGCUCAGCCAGAACUAAGAUUGAUCGGUUCAGGGCUCAUGAACCUUGGUCUUUCAUGGAGCCCCUUUAAUGAAGGUUGCAUUUUGAGUGGCUCGAUUGAUGACAUUACUUUGUGGGACUUGUCUGCUUUGCCUCAUCAUCUUCAUAGAACAAUUUUUCCAAUCCAUGUUUUUAAGGAAAAUGGAAAAGUUCGAGACGUACAAUGGCAUAGCUUGAACAAGGAUUUAUUUGGAUAUGUGAGCGAUAAAGAUGGAGUGGUUGUAAAGGAUUCACGCUCUAAUCAAAUCAAGUUUCUGAUCAAAGAUGAUCAUGAGCAUACAAAUAUAUCUUUUAAUCCAUACAAAGAAUGGCUUUUGGCCACUGGAUCAGCAGAAAAAACGGUUGAUUUAUUUGACAUGCGGAUGCAACGAGAGAAAAUGUUGAGCUUCUGUGGUCAUCAAUGUGGGGUGGCUCGGGUUGAGUGGGAUCCAAACCAUGAAGAUAUAUUGGCUUCUGCUGGUUUAGAUGGAGCAGUGAUUCUUUGGGACCAGCGUAGGUUUGGGCGUGUAAAGGAUAAGUGUGCAGUAGAAGAUUAUUAUAAGAACGAUCCAUCUGAACUAAUGUUUCGUCAUGCUGGUCAUACAGAGUGGUUAAGAGAUAUCUCGAGGAACAAAAAUGUGCCAUGGCUCAUCUCUAGUGUGGCCGAGGACCAAACUCUUCAGGUCUGGAAAAUUGCUGAAUCUGCUAUGCAUGUGAAAAUCAAUAAAAAAAGAAAGAAAGAUUAUCUCACUUCAUCAAAAUCGUACAGCAUCUUCAAACGCAACCGUUUGGCCUUUGCUGUAAUCUUUAGAAAGAAAUCUCAUGGUGUUGUAAUUACCAGCUCCAUUUUGCACAUGCAAGUGUAA